AAACAUGAGGAGGGAAAUCAUAUGCAAGGAGUGUGGCCUGUGAACAGAUCCCAUCUGACAUCAGCAUCACACAUGCUGUUCCCUGCAAGACAAAUUCCUUGGAAAGCUGUGGCGAGGAGCUCAGCAGAGCAAUGACUGAGCACAGGCAUUCUCCCCUGUCUCUUGAUCUUCAUCCUUGGCUACUCCUUCUUGCUGCUCUCUGGGGUUUCCAUGAAAUUGUAAGGUAAUUUAAUGGCUGAAUGGUGGAGCUGUGGCCACAAGUGGAUAAGAAUCUCUUCUGAGGAGCUGUUAGUUUUACAUGUGAAUAAUUUGGAUUUGCAAUGCCACUCAGUUUACAUGAGGCUCCAGGUCUUCUGUUCCUGUACCUCCUGUCUUGGAGCAGAGCACGGCCAUGGGGGAUGCAGCACCAGCAGAGGAGCCCAGGGCUGCUCGCUGCAGGCUCUUCAAUUCCAGCAUGAGGAGCGUGGCCAACAGGCUCAGGACCUUCCAGCAGUGGCCCCGCACUGCCCCUGUGUCUGCCCAGGACCUGGUGGAUGCUGGAUUUUUCUAUGUGGGCCCUGGGGAUGAAGUGCAGUGUUUCUGCUGUGGUGGUGUGCUGAAGGACUGGAGACCUGGGGAUUGCCCCCUCAUAGAGCACAUGCAUUUCUUCCCUUCCUGUAAAUACAUCCGUGGGGAGAAUGCUGGGAACCAGGAGACGCUGUCCCUGCAGGAGAUCUUUGACACUGUGGAUGGGCAGUUCCUGAGUGUCUUGCAGGGGAUUGUCAGUGAGGAGACAGCCAUGCCCAACGAGCCAGAGUACCCUGAGAUGGUGACAGAGGAGAUGAGACUGUCUACAUUUGAGAACUGGCCGCAGAAUUCCAGCAUUCAUCCAGAGCAACUGGCUAGAGCAGGGUUCUUUUACACAGGACGAGGAGAUGUAGUGAGGUGUUUUUACUGUGAUGGAGGUGUGAGGAGCUGGUCCUUGGGAGAUGAUCCUUGGAGGGAACAUGCCAAAUGGUACCCAGAGUGUGAAUUUUUACUGCACUCAAAGGGGAGAGAAUUUGUUAACAGCAUUCAGGGAACCUUUUCUGGCACCCUGCUGGCUCCUAGACAUUCCUGGGACCAGACUGAGCAAGACUCCUCUCCCUCCCAAGGUGCUGUUCAGAGAGAGACUGGAACAUCAAGACAAGAAAUACACUCUGUACAGCAAAAGGAAUCAGAGUCUCAGCUGAGCACAGAAGAACAGCUCCGGCGCCUGCAGGAGGAGAGGAUGUGCAAAGUGUGCAUGGACAGAGAUGUGUCUGUUGUGUUUGUUCCCUGUGGCCACCUGGUAGCCUGUGAAGCAUGUGCCCUCAACCUGAGGCUGUGUCCCAUCUGCAGAGCUGCCAUCCGGGGCAGUGUGAGAGCCUUCAUGUCCUGAGCCAUGCUGCACCCAGGGGGAAAGAUAAGUCCAUACAACUCAUUGGUAACUCAGGAGAAGGAUAAAAAAAGUAAAUAAUUUGCUGGAGCAAUCUUAUUUGUAGGGUGGCUUGGCAUAAGUGUAAAAACUCACUGAAUGUGUCUCCCAUACACAGUGUUUGUAGGAAGAACUGCUGGUUUGAUCUCCUCUUGAUUUAGGGCUGCUCCAGGAGAACUCUGCUGGGUUCUUUUGCCCUCCAAAAUGAGGCUUUUAUUGACAGAGAUUCUCCCUCUCCACAUUUUUGUGUUCUCAAGUGAAUCUUUGCUCUGUGUUGAAAUCCAAGACUGUUUUCAGCAGACUCUGGUUUUUUCUCACUCACUUAGCAUUUGUCUAGAGAUUAUUCUCUUAGGGAUUCCGUCAGGAAGUUUGAUUGAAAAUGGGAGUAUUUUUUGUACAAAACGCAUUCCAUUGGGACUGGAAUACUCAGCAACAAUGUGUUGUGGGGGAGGGACAAUCUACCUUUUUCUCCCCUUUUUGCUGUCUUUCUUUUUUCUCCCCUUUUUGUUGAAUUUUCAACAACUGAUGAAACGUUUCAGUAAUACUCAAAUUUGCAUAACUAAGUGGAACAGUCUGGCCUAACUCUCCAGGCUCUCUGCUCUCAGCUGACCUCCCUUGGUGGAAGGCUCUGUGCUCAGGGUCACUGGAUGGUCUCCUGGAAGCUUCUUAUGGAGCUCUUCCCUGGCUCUUGGGUAUUAUCCUGGUAGGAAACUCUGGAAAUAUACCUUUUUAGAAAAUAUCUUUGCUGGCUAAAGUGGUGAUUCUUAUUUGAAAUGGAAUACUCUAUCAUGUAGCCAAAAAGAGUAAGUUUCAUCCAUGCUAUGCCUUGUUAAGUGAAGGGAAAGGAAGUAAGUUUUUAAAAAUAAACUGUUCUUUUUCAUGGAAUAAAAUUUUUCCUUUAUUUAA